AUGAAAUUCAUUAUUUUGGUUACCCUUCUGAUCUGCACUUUAGGUCAGCAACCUGAAUUUUUACAACAAGUAGCUUCAAAUAGUUUUGGUCGCCAAAUACUACAAACUAUUCAGCUUGAACUUACAUAAGAGUACUUGUCUAUCUUUAAAAUGUAUUAGAAAUGCUGCCAGAUAAAUUUAUACUAUGUUGAACAAGCUUUUCUACGAUUUGAGAGAUGAAGAUGCAAGAUCUAGUAAGGCCAAUGGAGAAAGGUAGGCUUAAUGCGCUGAUCAGUUUUCAUUAAUCAAUUCAAUUUAAGAGAAGGCUGUUGUAGCUAAGGCCGAUUACGAAAGGUAAAUCCCAGGAAAAUAAGAAGAAUUAGCCAAUAAAUUAAGUUAAGUAGAAUAAAAGAAUGCUGAAAUUCAAAGAAAUGAUCAAUUAUAAAUUAACUUUUCUGAACAAAGAAGAAAAGAACACCAAUUGUAUGAACAAAAAAGAGAUGAGUUGAUAGGAUUAAUUAAUGGUUUAAAAUAAGCAUAGCAAAUCAUCAGAUAACUAUAAACACCACAUCCAGGAGGUGCUCUGGUUUAAUUGAAAGAUCAUCACGAACAAUUAAGUAAAUUACAUGAUCAUAUUGAAAGUAAAGAACUACGCCUAGAAUUCAGAAUUCAAGAGUAUCACCUCAUUACUUAUGGAAUUAUGCUCUGAUACCAAAAUACAUUCUGACAACGACAACGUCUAAGUGAUUGUAGAUAUCAUCAACGACUUGAUUGAAAGCAUUUACGAUGUCCAAAAGAGAGAAAUGUAUGCUGAGGAUUGGGCAGAGAAGUUCUUCCAAUAAGACUUGUAUAUCUCAUUAAUAUAAUUCCCUUAGGAUUCGUCUCCAGAAAGAGAAUGUUAGAUUGUCAGGUCAAAUCGCUGAUGACUAGGCUGCUGCUGAAUUCGCUUAAUAAAGAUUGGAGGAUCUCUAACAACAAGCCCUUCUUCAAUAGAUCAUCUAUGACAACAAAGAAGUUGAAAGAAAAUCAUUUGAAGUGGCUUGUAAGGAGGACAACAAUGCUGCUGAACAAGCUAGAGUUGCUAGAAACGAAUAAAUCUAGAUUGUACUUUAAUUGUUGGAACUAUUUGAAAACAACUUUAAUGAUAGAACAAGAGCAGCACUUUUGGAAAUUGUUGUGUGAUGAAACAAUAAUAAU